AUGGCUACUGACGGCGGAACUGCUCAAGUCUACCCAAGCAAAGCUCUGGGCUUCCUGACUCUCGGUUCUUCCAUCUAUGAGGUCCUCACCUCUCUCCGCCGCUAUCCUCGUGUGUUUCCCUCAAUAUCCGUCAUCUACGAAGCCAGUGCUCCAUUAUCCACACCCGUCGUCCUGCUCCUCGAUGCUAAUGGCCUGCGUCUCCGCUUCGAUGGCCAGGACCAACGUCUCCGACUCAUCGAGGUCCUAGACUUCCAAAAGUCCCGACUGACCUACAACGGUGGGGAGCUCGCAAAGGCUGGCACUGGUACUGGUGGCCCAGCCUUCCGGAACAUUUACAAUAAGCUGUUUGGCCCUACUUAUCCGGGGGAGUAUAUGGAAGACCAGGGGGUGUAUGUGUUGUCGUAUCCGGGCGUUGCGUUCUCGUUUCCUGUGGAGAAGCAGGAUAAAAAGCCGGAUGACUUUGUGUCAUUACUCAUGGGGUCAAACGCACAUACUGCAAGCAGUAUGGCUAUAUAUAACGGCUCCUCAUGGUCCGAUGCCCGGGAUGGUCUAUUUACAAAGCCGGUAACGACCCCAAGAUCCCCAGGAAUAAACAGUGCAAGCGCUCGACUCUCAUCUGCCAACGAUGAGGUUGAGCUAGUGCGUCUCCAUGAUGACAAUAAAGUCGAGCUUGUCCGAAGACACAACAAACCAUUCUGUAUAACCCUUCACUUGACAACACCGCAAGAGCUUGUUGCAGAGCUGGGCCCCCCAAGUGCGAUCUACCGCAAGAAUGAUCACCGCCUAUCCAUCCAUAGAACACACUCGAUGUCCGGUCGAGGUAUUCAGGAUGAUACGGAUGACACUGAGCCCGAGGACCCCCCGUCCGACGACGACAAAGAUGUGUCUGAUGUCUCUGCAACAAGCAACAGUGAUUACUUUUAUAAUUAUUUCCAACACGGUAUCGACAUUUUCAUCUCGUCCGCCCGCUCUUCAUAUCACCCGGUGGCCACGAAGAUCAUCCUUCAUGGCAACGUCCCUGGCUCUUUUGAAUUCCAAAGAUACCGUCGGAGUAGAUGGGUUAUCGAGCUAGCGGACACGGGUAAAAAGAGCGAGUUGAAACUGCACAGCGAGAUGUCAUUUGACGAGGCACUGCCGAAACUGCGGGAAAGGUUCGGAGAGGGUCAACGGCCAAUGCUACUAAAUCGAGGAAGUGAUUCUCCAAGCAGCAGCUGUGAGUUGCUGGGCGGAUGGGAGGAUGGUGACAAUGGCGAAAAGACAACCACCCUGGCUGGAAAAAGCGCACCGGAGGCUACUUUUGGAAACACUGAGUUAUUUGGCUUCCCAGGAUUUAUUUUUGAGGUUCUGAAGAACCGGGCGGUAUCGUCGUUGACUGUAUUUUGA